UCUCUAUAGUAUUCAGUCCACAUUGAAAGUGAUGAAUAACAAGUGCAGACUCCAAUGUUCCCCAUCAGCACCAGACUGCAGUGGGACUUUGAGGGGAACUAGUAUAUGGACUAUUUUAAUCCAGGAGCCGGAUGUUUAUUUCAGCACAUGUCUGUGAUAAAGACAGAUAACACGGAACAGUUAGUCCAGCCCUAAAAAUGAGUCCGGUUUGGUUUCUUCUGGUCCUCUUUCUGCGGACUGUGGAGCUCCGGCACCACCACGCAACCAGGGAGUUAUCCCGGUCUGAGCUGGGGGGUCAGCGAGAGGGGGAUACUAAGUCCCCGGGGACAAAGGAGAGGACUUUUCUGGACCGGGUUGAGAGUUUAAAGGUUUUAAACUUAAAGAGAGUGGCCCGGGGGACAAAGGAGAGGACUUAUCUGGACCGGGUUGAAACUUUAAAAGUGUUAAACUUAAAGAGAGUGGCCCGGGGAGCUAAGGAUGGAAGAGACCCGCCGAGGAGGUACGACGAUCCGAGCGGGUACUUCACCACCCCCCGGGUGGACCGGCACGCCUCCGCCCGGCCGGGGAACUGGUCCUCCGGGCUCCUGAACCCGCUGUUCCCGGUGACCGACGGGUCAUACUGGGCCUACGCGGUCAUGCUGCUCGCGCUCGUGCUGUUCGCGGCAGGUAUCGUGGGGAACCUCGCGCUCAUGUGCAUCGUGUGGCAUAACUUCUACCUGAAGAGCGCGUGGAACUGCAUCCUCGCGGGGCUGGCCUUCUGGGACUUCCUGGUGCUCUUCUUCUGCCUCCCCGUGGUGGUCUUCCACGAGCUCACCUUGAAGAGGUUGCUAGGAGACCUGUCGUGUAGGCUCGUGCCGUAUCUGGAGGUGACCUCUCUGGGCGUGGCCACGUUCAGCCUCUGCGCUCUCAGUAUCGAUCGCUUCCAUGCAGCCACCGGCCCUACGCCCCUCCAGUCGCCCAAAGUGGAGCCCUGCCAGUCCAUCCUCUCCAAGCUCUCCGUUAUCUGGGUGGGCUCUUUGGUGUUGGCGGCCCCUGAGCUCCUCCUGUGGCAGCUUGUUCAGGAACCCGUUAACCUGAAGUCCCUCUCCUCCGGCCUGCACCAGAGCCAGCCGGCGGGAUCGCUGAUGGCCGCCUUAAGAGCACGAACGGACUCGUUUAAGGUAGACGUCUGCAUCCGUGAGCCAUCUGUGGAGCUCCCAGAGAGCAUAUACUCUCUGGUGCUGACCUACCAUGAGGCCCGCAUGUGGUGGAUCUUUGGCUGCUACCUGUGUUUGCCCCUGCUCUUCACUCUGGCUUGCGACCUGGUGACGAGGCAGGUGUUAGCUCAACGGUUACCACAGAAACCUGCAGCUGAAAAGGUGACCAGCAGAUGCUCCUCCUCCUCUUCUUCUUCCUCUUCUUCGACAAAGAAGAAGCAGCAUGUGAGAGAGCAUCGUCUGCGCUCCACUGUCAUGGCUCUCACAAUCCUGUACGUGACAUGCAACCUGCCAGAGAGCAUCUGUAACAUCACGCUGGCGUACAUCUCCACCCACAUGACAGCAGCGCUGCCGGCUCUCGUUCUGCCGGCGCUGAGUCUGAUUGGUCAGUUCCUGCUGUUCAUGCGGUGCUCACUGACACCAGUGUUGCUGCUGUUCCUGUGCCGCUCGCUGGGUCAGGCCUUCAUGGACUGCUGCUGCUGCUGCUGUGAAGAGUGCCUCCCAGACGGAAACUCUUCCUCAUCUUCAUCUGCUUCAACCACAGCCACCUCCAACCCCUCCUCGCCCACAUCGCCCACUCCGUCCUCCCUGACUCCCUCCAGCAAAGAGGAGGUGAAGAGCGUGUUGGCCACAGAACCAGUGGUCUGCUACGACAAAGCGAAAGACUCAACGACGGCUCUCGGGACGCCGUGCUGAGGAACAGAACUGCAUUUUACACAAGGACCAGUCAAGUUUUUCACUACUUGGGUCUCACUUUGUUAGUUUGAUCCUUUAUUUCUGUCAGUUAUAACGAUGCUGUAUUCAUGAAGUCUCAUCAAGUUAAUGCUGCCAAGCUAGAACUCUCAACUUCUGAUUCAGAUGAGAGGUUUUUGGGGGCAGAAGACGUCACGUUUUGGACAAAGAAAUUUUUUUUCAUGUUCAAACAUGACAGAAAGUGUGGCAGUGUGGGAGAUAAGCAUCAUCUCUGCGAAAGAUAAGCAACAUGCACAUUUUCCAGUAACAUUUCAAGAGGAGCAACAUUUUAAAUAUGUAAAAUCUUAUAUCUCAUUUGAAAACAGACACUUAAGACUUAAGUAGUGACAAUUUGACUUUGUAAACAUACAAAAACUAAAUUCUAAAUCAAACCGACCACAGGGCGAGGAGAGGGUGGAUCGUACACAAUUAUCCAACUUAAUCCUACCUUCACCUAAAAUAAAAUCAAUCAAGCUUUAUUUAUAGAGCACCUUUCACACAAAUCAAAUGCAAUUCAAAGUGCUUUACAGUGAUUAAAGAAAAACAUUUAAUGUAUCUUGUCUAAACAUAAAGCACAAAUGGAUAUAAAAAUUGAGACUAAUGCACACCAAUUGCAACAAGGUGAAAUAGUUAAGAAAUAAGUAAAUAAAGACAAGUCAUGACGAGUCUAGACAAUAGAAAAAGUUAAAGAUAAAAGUCUAAGAUAAAUAAAAGCACCUAAAAAGUAAUAAAGAUUCUAAUAAGAUAAUAAAAUUGAAUUUAGAAAUAAAUAAAACAAUAGAAUAUUAAAAUAAAUAUAAAAUGAUAAAUUAAAAGGAGUUGAAAAACAGCAAACAUAAAGACUUGUUGCAAGAAACAGUUAUCAUCAUAAAUGGCUCAAUUGCUAUUUUAAAUAUUGUUGUUUGUAUCGGCCCAGAUUUUAACAAUCGUUCAUCUUUAAUACAGAUCAGACAAUAAUGUGCCUCCAAUCAGGGCUCUAACUUUAACUCAAUCAAACUAUUUUAGUGAAAACCGGAACACGGACUGUCAGACAGACGUGUAGAAGGGCUCCCAGAUGAAAAAAUAUAAGAAUUCACCUGCUUGGAGUUAUUAAAACGGUGGUGUUUGUUCAUAAAACACGUUCUAUCAAAGCUAUUUUCACAACCACGGAGGGAAAGCUGAGCCAUGAAAUGCGUCUGUAAUUUCGAUGACAUCUUUGAUUUUGUUGUGUGUUGACCAAUCAGAUCUCUUCCAUAUGUAACUGAUCUCUUACUCUACUUCCUGAAUACAUUAUUAUAACUGAUAGAAGAUUUGACAAACUACCAAAAAAAAAAGUAGUAAUUUAAAGCUCCUGUGAGGAACUUUUGGUUAUGUUUGGCGUCCCCUCUGGACAAAGUGGUACUCUAGUUUUUUUAGUUUUGUCUGUUAAAAGAUUUGAUCCUCCUUUCUUUAAACAGUCAGACGUAUCACUCAGCCUGUUUCAUGGCUGAUGAUCUUGUUUGCUUUUGUAGGUCACAAAGAGUCUAUUUUAAAACCAGCUAAAACUCCUGACAGGAGCUUUAAAUCUUAGUCUUUAUGAAGUGAAGUAGAAACACUCCAGUAAAGAGUUAAACCAGCGUUAGAGGAUUGUAUGAACUUUAGAUGUGUUUUUCACGAUGGAUUUAAUCCUCUUCUUGUAGACCUUUUUUAGAGAUACUUUUACAUUUUAUAGACUUUAACAUUUGAAAUGUUCAUUCAGGAUAUUUGUAUGACCUUCUCUGAGUACUGUAACGGAGAGACACACUGGAUAUUUGAGUUUAAGUGAUGUUGACGUAAUGAGACUUUUGUUACAGCCUGCUGUGAACUUUCUGAGCUGUUUGUUUUCUCUUUAUGGUGUUGCUGCUCAAACAUCUGACAGCAGGUUAAAAAAUGAUAUCAGAAAUCAAUCAAUCAGAAUUAAUGUAGUCAGAAAGUUCAGCUAUUUUUGUACUUGUUUUAUUCUUGGUUUAGUAAAGUUUGGAUUUCCUUUAAGAAAUAUAUUUUGCAUCUCUCAGUGUGUUUAUUCAAUGCCUGUUUUUCACGUCAUUAAAGUGAUUGAUUGCAGACGUUCAACUUCA